UGAUUAGUCACCUAAAGGAAAGAGGUUGUAGUAUUUUAUGGAAUAAUAAACCUGUUGGUGCUUUAAAUCAGAGCAAAGGUUGCCCCCAAACCAAAACCUUCUCCGCCAGGCGUGGUGUGGUGUUGCGCCAAUACAGGUCUCUGUUCUGCCAGGUUCUUGCUCGGGGCUGCUGUGCGAGGACAGAACAAGAGCAGUGAUUUCGCCAACUUGUGUGAUUCGGUGGGAGGAGCAGCUCGUGCGCCUCCAGCUCGUCGGGGCGACUGAUCCUGCCCCCGCGCCCGUCGGAGGGAAGGCUCUGUCCGGAUACGUGGUGGAACUCGAGGCGGUCCCACACACACACACACACACACUCCGGGAUCAUCCCACAGAGCCCUCUGUCCACCAUUGACCAAACUUUAAAAUGGCACCCUCCACUUCUUCCCAACUUCUGUCUGCGCUCCUAGUCGCCCUGUCCCUCUGCGCGGUCCACUCCCAGUACGAGAAGUACAGCUUCAGGAGUUUCCCGCGGCACGAGCUGAUGCCGCUGGAGUCCGCUUACAAGUACGCGCUGGACCAGUACACCGGGGAGAAGUGGCAGGACACGGUGGAGUACAUGGAGGUGUCCCUGCGGCUGUACCGGCUGCUGCGGGACAGCGAGGCCUUCUGCAACCUCAACUGCAGCUCCGUGAGGCUGGAGGACGAGCAGAGGUUCGUGGAGUUCCCGGAGCUGCGCGCGUUCGGCAACGUGAUGAAGCGGGCGCAGUGCCUGAAGCGCUGCAAGCAGGGGCUGCCCGCGUUCCGGCAGACCAUGCCCAGCCGGGACACCAUAGACGAGUUCGAGAGGAGGGAGCCGUACAAGUAUCUGCAGUAUGCCUACUUCAAGUCUGACAAGCUGGCCAAGGCGGUGUCUGCCGCGCACACCUUCCUGCUGAAGCACCCAGACGACGAGAUGAUGCAGAGGAACAUGGCCUACUACAAGAGUCUGCCCGGGGCUGAAGAACACCUCAAAGACCUGGAGACCAAAUCCUACGAGACAUUGUUUGUUCGUGCCGUGAGGGCGUAUAAUGGGGAAAACUUCCGUACCUCGGUGUCAGACAUGGAGCUGGCUCUGAGGGACUUCUUCAAGGUCUACGACGAGUGUCUGGCUGCGUCUGAGGGCCCAAGGGACGUCAAAGACUUUAAGGACUUCUACCCCUCUAUAGCUGAUCACUACAUAGAAGUCCUUGAGAGGAAAGUGAGGUGUGAAAGUGACCUGACACCUGUUGUCGGAGGAUUCAUCGUUGAGAAGUUUGUGGCCACCAUGUACCACUACCUGCAGUUUGCUUAUUACAAACUAACUGACCUGAAGAAUGCAGUACCAUGUGCAGUAAGCUACCUGCUGUUUGACCCCAGUGAUGAAGUUAUGAAGAACAACGUGGCCUAUUACAAGUUUCACAAAAACCAGUGGGGUCUGACAGAGGAGGACUUCCUUCCCAGAUCAGAGGCAGUGCGGUACUACAAUCAGACGACCCUGCAGCAACAGAUGAUGGAUUUCUCCAGACAGCGCCUGAUAAGUGACGAUGAGGGGGAGGUGGUGGAGAUUAUAGAUGAGUUCCUGGAGGAGAAUGAAAUUCCCGUGUUGGAAACUCCACCGAAACUCUGAAGAACAAACACAAACAACACAAACCACGCCAGUCUGUAUUUAUUGGGUUUUGUAAGAGGCUCUGGAGUGGUCUUUGUGUUUUUACCCGGCAGUGCCACAUCCUGAAUCUUUAUCCCGAAUUUUUGUGGAUGAUACAGAAGUGCGGACAUCCAGCGCAGCACCUAAAUGAUUUAAAGGCGACGAUGAUGAACAGAGACAGAAAUAUUUCUACCCACUGAUUUUUGAAUCCAUUCCUCCACUGUGAACCAUGGAUGUUGUCAUUUCACAAUGAAGAAACUUUUCAAAUAUCAAUGUCUCAAUGCUGUAAUACAGUAACUAAUUUGGUCUAUAAAAUGUCAUAAAAUAAUGUUGUUUACUUCUUCAAGCCGAA